AUGGCUGCUGUCGUGUUCGGCUUGGUGUACCAUGGGUGGUUAGUCUUUUCACCGGCAACAUUUCCCUACUACUACCUGGGACCAGUUGGCACCUUCACAAACUCCAUGGUGCAGAAGCACAAACUUUAUAUCGAUAUUGGGUAUGGCAUUGUCUGGUUAAUUCAUAUUGUGGAAGCACUUUACUGUAUCAAGCUGUGCCGGGACAAAGGCAUCACAGAUCCUUUAACCCAGUUUUGGUGGUUCCUUCAAACGUUUUGUUUUGGGUUAACUUCCUUUUACCUCUUGCUGCAUUAUAAGCCACCAUAG